CCCACCAUGUGCAGAUGGACGCCGUCCGUAGCUCAUCUCUAUCCUGAACCUGCUCUUGGCACCACCACCACUGCAGCCUCCGCUGGGCGAGUUCUCUCCCUGCCCAGUGCAGCCUCCCUUUGCCUGGCAUGCUUCACCCUGCUCCUGGUCACCGCUGGCACUGCCACAGGGGCCUGUCCUCCUGGGUUAGGGCAUGAACCCCUUCAGGUGCUGGCGAGUGGCAUCAACUGUUCAUGGACAUUGGAAAGGCACACUCGCAGUUACAAUCACCUAGAGGGUGACGUCCGACUACGGCGGCUUUACUCUGCCAACAAGUUCUUCCUCUGCAUUGACAAAACAGGCAAGGUGGAUGGCACUCGGCGGAAAAACUACGCAGACAGCCUGAUGGAAAUCCGAUCUGUCAGUGUGGGAGUUGUUGCCAUCAAAUCUGUCAGCACUGGGCUGUACUUAGCUAUGUCCAAGAAAGGCACGCUCUUUGGAUCGGUGAAGUACAACCCGAGCUGCAAGUUCAAAGAGCGCAUUGAGGAGAACGGCUACAACACAUAUGCUUCCCUCCGCUGGAAGCACGGCGGCAGGCAGAUGUUUGUUUCUCUUAACGGGCGGGGGAAACCUCGGCGAGGUCACAAGGCUCGACGAAGACACCCGUCGACUCAUUUCCUGCCCAUGCUUCCCUCCUAGCUGCCCAUGUCUGAACUCUGACCGGCAACUAGCUGGCUCACCCGCCACCUCACACUAGUGUUGAUCUAGCCAUGACGGUGAUCUUUAUUUUUAUUAUUCCAUCCUCCCUUUCACAUACCGUAUUUUCUCUAAUAGUUGCCAGGGCCUUCAUGUACCUCAACUGCAGAUGGUACCAGGCCUUUAUUGGAAGCAGGAUUAUAUAAGAGAGAGGCCUUUAUUUCUAAUUUCCUCUGUUUGAUAAGUAUAUUUGCUCGUAUUUUAGUAAAAGGCCCUCUUGUUUUCUGAUCUGCUUCCAUUUUUCUUGGUUAAAUUUUUGUUACUGCAUUACCGGUAAUUAAUUAACUAGCACUUGAGUUCCACCCAGAACGUUUUUGCAGUGUACCACUUAGCUGCAGGAUGCGGGUAGCAUGCUCAUGGAUGUAUGCUCGUAUUAAAAUAUGCGCCAUUAUCUCCAUAUUUAAACAAUGUCGUGUGUCAUCCAUGCCCCUCCCCUUUCUGUAUAUUGUUGAAUUUAUUAAAUUAAAGCGGUGGGAAUGUAGCCUACAUUAGAGGGCUCCACACAUGCUCAUAGAACUGGAGUUACAUCCAGGUAACUACUAUUUAACUGGCAUGCACAUUAUAAAACAGGCACCAGGAGUUUAUCCACCCUUGUUUUUUCCUGGCCUGUAUUUGGGGUUGACCACAUCCCCAGCCAUUAAUGGAGACCCCGCUUUUUGAUUGAAUACUGCCCACUAUUAGAGAAAAUAUGGUAAAUGUACAUUUGUUGAGGUUUGUAACAUUUGUAGAGUUAGUAUAAUUAUAUGUAUGUUUAAGUUAUUUUCUCCAUUUUCUAAUGAUGUUCAGUAAAAUGGUUCAAUACAGUAGAGUUAUGCUAUCUUCAGGCUUGUGUCUGGCUACAGUAUCUGUCUGUGUGAGUCUGUAUGUACAUGGAAACUUUACAGGAUCGUCUGUAAAGCUGUGUUUGGGUGACUGUAAGAAGACUGAUAAGUGACAGCAAAGCUUGGCAACAACAAUGAUAUCUAGCUCAUUUUAGAUGUUCAACUAAAGAAGAAGAAGGGAAGUAUGUGGUUCAACAGAAGUGAUAUUUAUCAAUCUGAAAUGACUUAUCACUAUCAAAACAAAACAGAAACAACAUUGACAUAGCUACAGCUCUACAUCUUCCUUGUUGCUUGGGAUAUACUGGACUGAAACUACUGGAUAAGAGACACUGACCUGCACCUGAUGUACAGAUGAGAUGAAAAUCUCUUAUUGACUCAAAUGCAUUGAUAAAUCUAUUGUUCUGUCUGUAUAUGUCUAUAUAUGACAAGAACAUAACAGUAACUGGGAUAACAUGCUGGAUUUCCUGAGAUGACCUGUAUGUUUGUGCAUGCUUCUUUCUGAUUGCUUCUCCCAUCCAACAACCCACAGCUAUUAGAUUAGGAGUCUCAUUUACUCUCUAAUUCUUGGUCAUUAGUUCAGCUGUGAAAUAAUAAUAUCCAUUUGAGUCAAAUAAUGCAUUAUAGAGGCUGUAGGUACACCCAACGUCACAUAGCAGCAACUUCAUUAAUUUUGUACACACAUUAGUAAAUGGUUCAAGUCUUGCUAACAUUUUCUCAAUCACAAGGCUGAUGCUAAUAGAACAUUUAAUAUAUUUAAGACAUUUUGUACUCUUUAACUGUUUGAAGUUGAUGUUUGUUAUUGUUGACUUUUUGUGUUGGAUUGUAGUCCUACUGUAAAAAAAAAGAAGGGAAAAAAGUAAUUGUAUUCAAGUCCAUAUUCAGCUCAUUUUGUAUGGUAUUUUAACUGGAUAUUGGUACAUUUGUGAUCCAUUUAUCAUAAACGGCUUUCAGCUAUAGGCCAGUAAUAGGAGGUUGUACUGUAUAUAAGGCCAAAGUCUCAGAAAAAAAACAUCCUUAGAUUCAUUCAGCAAAGUAAAAUAAUUUGAG